AACCUGCUCAUCUAUCCACAAAUCAGUAAGUAUAACAAUCUUUUGCCCACAACCCACAAAGCAAUUCCCUCUGAAAUGGCUUCUUCAAUCCUCACUUUCACUUUGAUUUUACUUGCUUCUUCGAUUACUGCAUCCUGCGCCGGAAACCUCCAUAGACAUUUCGACAUCACUUGGGGAGAUGGCCGGGGCAAGAUUUUAAACAAUGGCGAACUUCUUACUCUGUCUCUUGACAAAGCCUCUGGCUCCGGCUUCCAGUCCAAGAACGAGUAUCUUUUCGGCAAGAUCGAUAUGCAACUCAAGCUUGUCUCCGGAAACUCUGCCGGCACCGUUACUGCCUACUAUUUGUCUUCAAAAGGGUCGACUUGGGAUGAGAUUGAUUUUGAGUUCUUGGGAAAUCUUAGUGGUGAUCCUUACAUUCUUCACACUAAUGUGUUUAGUCAAGGCAAGGGAAAUAGAGAACAACAGUUCUAUCUCUGGUUUGACCCAACUGCUGAUUUUCACACUUAUUCCAUUCUGUGGAAUCCUCAAAGAAUUAUAUUUUCUGUUGAUGGAACUCCGAUCAGAGAGUUCAAGAACAUGGAGUCCAUUGGUGUUCCGUUUCCAAAGAAUCAGCCGAUGAGAAUCUAUUCCAGUCUGUGGAAUGCUGAUGAUUGGGCUACGAGAGGUGGGCUUGUGAAGACAGACUGGUCACAGGCUCCUUUCACUGCUUCUUACAGGAGCUUCAAUGGCGACAAUGCUUGUGUCUGGUCCAACGGAGCAUCGUCUUGCAGCUCGAGCUCGAAUGGGAAUCAAUGGCUUUCUCAAGAGUCGGAUUCUACGGAUCAGAGGAGGAUGAAAUGGGUGCAGAAAAAUUAUAUGAUUUAUAAUUACUGCACAGACGUCAAGAGAUUUCCCCAAGGCCUGCCGCCAGAGUGCAAAAUAGCUUAGACCAAAAUCCAGCCGCACUAUUCGUCUUAUAAAUUCUUUUAUCUAUUUUUGCAUUUCAAAAUUCUUUUAUUCUUUGAUAUUUUAUUUUCAAAAAAUUUAUCGAUGAAAUAGAAUUGUAGAUCCCAAAUGAAAGAGUCACACGAAAGGAUUACAUAUUUUGAGAUUUACAUAGAAGAGCUAUUUAAUAA